GGUGAUGUGGGCCUCCCGCAGAAAGGCUUUGAGAUGGGCCUUCGAGACGCUCGCUGUCGCGUUCUCGUCAGCCAGGACGCCGACGACCGCCGCCGCAAGGAGCGCCGCCAGAGCCCCUGUGGCCCGGGCCCGGCCCUGCCCUGCUCCUAGAAUUUAUGGGCGACGCUUUUUGGCGCUGUGCUGGGCCCGGGGUGCCGAGCAAGCUUCAGGUGUCCGCCUGCAGUUCUCUUUUGAUGGCGCCAUCCCGCAAAAAAGACUUGAAGAGCGACGGCGAAGACCUGGAGGCGAAAGAAGAGCCUCUAGGGCUGGUUAUCGGUGGCUGCUACUCGCUCCGCGCCCACAACCUGCGCGAGACCGCAGAGGACAGCGGGGGCUGUGACGGAGAGGUCGACUUCAUUGGGUGUGCUCAGGACCAGCGUCGGCGGCCUUCGGGCGGCGAGGAGGACCUCCCAGAGGGCAGCGAAGGCCGUGACAAAGCGGUAGCGAAGUGUGUUACUGUCUCUAUGCCGGGUGUGAGGUUUAAAGUCGAUGAGGGGGGUGGAGAGUGGCCUCAGGACAGUGAUAAGAAAAACAAGACUAGGCGCAUCAAGACAAUUCGUGUAAAGUGUAAUACGGGUGCUGGCCUACAAAAGCUACCGCGAGGUAACGUAAAACUGUACAACUGUACAAUCUGCGGUUUUACCUGCCAUUUUAAAUCAAAGCUCGUGAGGCACCUCCGUGUGCAUACCGGUGAGAAACCAUACCAGUGUUACAUCUGUAAGGAGCGAUUUGCUGUAAACUAUACGCUAACUACGCACAUCCGAACGCACACCGGUGAGAAACCAUUUAAGUGUAAUAUCUGUAAGGAGCGAUUUGCCCAGAAGAGUCCUCUUACUCGCCAUAUGCGAACACACACUGGUGAAAAACCAUAUAAGUGUAAUAUCUGUAAGGAGCGGUUUGCCCAAAAGAGUUCUCUAAUUCUGCACAUCCGAACGCACACCGGUGAGAAACCAUAUAAGUGUAAUAUCUGUAAGGAGCGAUUUGCCCAAAAGAGUCCUCUUACUCGCCAUAUGCGAACACACACUGGUGAAAAACCAUAUCAGUGUAAUAUCUGUAAGGAGCGGUUUGCCCAAAAGAGUUCUCUAAUUCUGCACAUGCGAACACACACUGGUGAGAAGCCAUUUAAGUGUGACAUCUGCAAACAACUCUUUGCAAGAGAAGAUCAUCUAAAAAAACACAUAACUUCUCACAUUGUUUGAAAUCGCACAAAAUAACCGACAUUACAACAGUAAUUUCACAACAAGGGUGGGCUGUAUAUUUUAUUAUUCUUUGAAAUACCGGAACCUCGUGUAUUAUUCCAUUGUUUAUGUAAUUGUUAGGCAUUGCCUACUGUCAAAUUUGCUCAACGGCAUUUACUUCAAAUAUAUUUUUUUACAACGUUUCCUCAA